AUGAGAGCGAUUAGAGAGUCCCCAUAUUCAGUCCGCAGUAUCUUGAGUUCUUCCGACCAGAUGUAUGCUUCCCGUUGCGAGAGUCUUAAAGCCCUUGUCGGUGGGCUUGGGUAUCUUCACAAUGGCUGCAAACCUCCUAUUGUACAAAGAGAUGUAAAUGCGGCUAAUAUACUAAUCAACGAGAAGAUUCAGGCCAAGAUUGCUGACUUCGGAUUAUCUAGAAGUGUUGCAUUGGAUGGUACUAACCAGGAUACAACUGCAGUUGCAGGAACUAUUGGUUAUCUUGAUCCUGAGUAA